CACGUGUUCACGGGCAUCAAAAACAUCAUCGGAGGACACUUUCUUGGCACUUGGGCCACACUGUCAGAUGUUGACCCCAAGGUUCGCGAACUAUGGUGGAACCUGUUCAAGGCUCGCUAUCGUUGGACCCACGCAAACGGUGCCGAUAUUCUUAAAGCCUACAAUGCUAGGAUUUCGACCUGGCUUCGCGCCACUUUUAAACGUGCGCGAAAAAGUGGGAAAAAGCCUAGAUGGGUUUCGGAUGAAGUGUGGUCCAACCUUUGUCGCCACUGGUCUUCUGAUCCGAAAUUCUUGGCCAGAAGUGAAUCCGGUAAGAAAAACCGGAUGUCCGAGAAGGCCUUGGAGAUGCAGUGGCACGGAGGUC